CAUUUUGCAGGUUUCACGAAAGCUGUUACACGUGUUCUGUCGCUAGAAUGGCGGUUACAAAGAAACCCGCCCCUAAAAAGGCUCAAUUACACCAAAAAACUGGUAAGAAGGGAGUCAAGGGUGGCAAAAUCCGCGGCAAGGGUAUGAAACGAAAAAUUAACUUGAAGUUCACUAUCGACUGCACACACCCUGCUGAGGACAGUAUCUUGGACGUCGGUAACUUUGAGAAAUAUUUGAAAGAGCAUGUUAAAGUUGAGGGUAAAACGAAUAACCUAGGAAAUCACGUUGUUGUCGCUAGAGACAAGACGAAAGUUGCCGUCAGUGCAGACAUUCCAUUCUCUAAGAGGUACCUUAAAUACUUAACCAAGCGAUACCUCAAGAAGAACAACCUGCGAGACUGGCUCCGUGUGGUUGCAUCUGCUCAUGAUGCAUAUGAACUACGCUAUUUCAACAUCAAUGCAGACAGUGAUAAUGAAGACAAUGAAGAUUAAACUGUUGCUAAAUAAAAUAGUUUUACACUACUUUUACUCUUUAUUAUAACAUUUAUGAAAAAAUAUUAAAAAUAACAUUUAUUAGUUGGGUGAUUUUAACAAGCUUCAAAAAGUUAAAAGGGGGGUUUUUAUUUGACCUUUCCAUUUUAUGCAUUUAUAUUGCAUUUUUAUCCUAUCUUUUCAAUGAGAUAAUAAUCUUCCGCUCACCAGAUGUCGCUAGUUGACACAGGUGAAGUUUUUUGUUACACAAUGACAUUGAGUAUACACAAAACAAUACCUCAGUGGUUUGUUUCUACGUGUUGUUACAUGGUAGAGCCAUGCUGUAGCUAAAUUAGUGGUAUAGUUGUAGUAUGAAAGGAUUGCUCGACUGGAAAAGAACCAUGAUCUCACAGAAUAGCAGUGUAAAAUAGCAGCUUAACCGAUUCGUUCUGGCACCAAUUUUCGGCAACUUUUAGCUGUGGCGGCGAACAAAUAUUUCAUGACACGCUUAUCGUGUCAUGCGCCACAGACUGCUGACACGCCUAUUGUGCCAUCAGCCAUGUGUAAGAGUAAUGUUCUUUUUUAUGGUUUUUUUUUUUACUUGUUUAGACCUAAUUAACUUUAUUUGACAUCGAACAUCAGUUACAAACGGAAGGAUAAUUGUUUUUAGUGGGUAACUACGUGUUUUUUUUACGCGUUUUCUUUGAAAUUGAGAGUAAGUGACUUUUUUUAUGCAAAGAUUACAAACAAAAAAAAAAUAGUACAAAAGCUAUUUUUUUUUGUUUAAUAAAAAAAUCAUUUAUAUAUAAGUAGGUACAGCUAAAUCACCCUGGAAAACCUUGGUCCUUAUUAAAUUAAAUUUUCACCUAAUAAUAAACCUAGCAAGCUAACAGCAUAGCAAAGUAGCGAAGCAAUCAGCUUUGUAGCGGUUACUAACGGUUGCCGUUGAGCAAUCAGUUUCAAAAUAGGAGGUUAUACAAAUGUAAAAGUAAAGCCGAUCUGAAAACGUCUAAUUAGUAAGAAUAGCAAAACAAGUGUUUUCAAAAGGAAAUAAACGCCGGCGCUAUAGCGCGGCGGAUUGACAAAAGACUAUUUAUUAGCGAACUUUUUUUAUGCAUGAACGGUUUCAAGCAAAAAUAAACCUUAUACCAUAUCACAAGAGCACAUGGUACUUCGUGGGUCUAUUCGUUCAUACGGCAGUUCAACCAUUUUAAGC